UUAUCCUCCGCUUCUCAUCUCUCCUCCCUUCUAUGUGUCCCACAUUUAUUCCCUAUCCCACCGUCCCCUCUCGUCUCUCCCGGGAUUAUUGAGGGAUAUAGUAGGUAGGAGUGGGGAGCAGUGGCGGUCCCCCAGCAGCAGGGUCUCUCUCUCCCACCCAUGGCUCAGGGCAGCGGAUCCCAACUCCUGCUCAACAUGUACCUGACAGAUCCAGUGGGGGAAAGUUUCCUAAAGGAGCCCCGAUCCCAGAGCUGGAGACCCUUCUCUUCUGGGGUACAGAAAGGCAGCGGGCAGAUCCAGCUGUGGCAGUUUCUCCUGGAGCUCCUAUCGGACCACGCCAACGCCAACUGCAUCGCCUGGGAGGGAACCAAUGGGGAAUUCAAGCUGACGGAUCCGGACGAGGUGGCCCGGCGCUGGGGGGAACGCAAGAGCAAACCCAACAUGAACUACGACAAGCUGAGCCGGGCGCUGCGCUACUACUACGACAAGAACAUCAUGGCCAAGGUGCACGGCAAGAGAUACGCCUACAAGUUUGACUUUCACGGUUUGGCCCAAGUGUGCCAGUCGGCACCAACCACUGAGCAGGGGCUCUAUAAGUUCCAGGGGAACCUCCCCCACUUGCCAUUCAGUGGGCUUUCCAAGCUUAACCUCAUGACCUCUGGGGUCAGCCCUGCGGGCUUCUCCUAUUGGCCAGGGACGCCCUCUGCUUUGUACCCAAGCCACGGCCUGCAGAGCCCACCCGGAGGGUUCAGCUCAGUGUCGGCCCCUCAUCUCGGCUCCAUUAAUAACAUGGGCAACAUGAAUGCCCACUACCACUAACUCAUUGCCCAUCACUCUCCCCCUGUAUGUAGGGCUGCUGUACAGAAUACAGGAAAAUAUUCUCAUUAAUGUGACAGAACAAUCCGAGCUCAGUGCUGAAAUGUGCCCUGUAGGCCUAGGAGGGACCCCGAAGGCGCUGAAAGUCGCUGAAAUUGGCCACAAAGGGACUAUUUAUUGCGCAUUGGUACCGGGUAGAGAUGUAUCCGCAGCACAAACUCACACCUGGAUCCAAUUCCAUGUUCUCACCUGUAUAUUCUGUGUAUGUGUUGCCCGAGGCAUGAAGCCAUUAUAAAUGUUAGUGUGUAUGUUCCUUUAAAGAUAGGCUCCACCCACUUAUCCAUUAUUCUCUUUGUAUGUGUCAUAUGUUAUUUGCCAUAACCAACCGCAUAGCAGGAAGUUAAGACAGAAGGUCUUUUAAACCAUAAGAACCAAUCAGAUGUUUCCAUUCAAAUGGGCAAAUCCUACUGCUGAUUGGAUGCUGUUGGCUGCAUAACCCCCUGUAGUCACUACAAAUAGUUUAUUGGCCGUUCCAGUGUAAAUGAAUUAUGUCUAAACCCAGUACUUUUGGUUCUGGUUCUUAUUGUACUUCCUGCUUUUGGGCUGCUCUCUUUCCCACUGUCAGUACAGACCCUGACUGAGCAGCCCCUUUAAUCUUAAUGGUCUGGGGACAAAGUUCUAGAGCUCCAUCUAGUGGCCAAAGGUACAUUACAUAGAUAUUAACACAAUAGGACCCUCUACAACCUGCUUUUCAGAUAGGACUAAGCCCAACCCUCCUGCUUGACCAGAGGAAAGAGAACAGUUAAGAGCCGAUAGAUCUCUCCCUAAGGCUCCCAACGAGGCUAAAGCAAUGGGCUCUGGUCUCACACAUGCUCAGUCGGCCAUUUAUCAGGGUGUCGCCAUUAAAUGAA